CACGCGCACGAGCACUGACUGCAGAUGAAAACCAGUAUGGCGGAGCGACGUUGAAAUACAACAAACCUGUGCGGAAAACAUCGGGAUAAAGCCCCGAAAUCCUGCCGAUUCAUCUCACAGUCCGGCCGAUCUGCGAUUAUAAUCACAAACGGACCGGCGGCUCGAUAAUCGCACUUUUUAUGUCUGUUGUUGACGGUGUUUUUGUUUCGUCGCGAGAUCCCGCGACACUUUACGGUCUCAUAACAAGACAAACUAACGUAUUUUUCUUUCAUUUUUUACCUUUAUUGCGUUUAUACGCAUUUAAAUACGAUUGACUGUUCAUAAACCGUGUGUGCCGACAAAUCGUCAGGCCAGUGCAGAAAUCAAAACACCGCAGAAGUGAAUGUAAAGGCUUUAUUUAUUAUUUCACCGAACGAUGGAGAAAAAGCAGCAUAAAUCAGACAAACAUCACCGCCAUCAUCACCACCACCAUCAUCAUCAUCACCACCACCAGUCCUCCAGCAGCAGCAGCGGGGAGUCCGGCGGCAGCAGCCCGGCUCACGGGGCGCCCAAAGCGGCCAACGCCUUCGCCAACGACGGCAGCUUCAUGGAGCUGUUCAAGAAGAAGAUGGAGGAGGAGGAGAGGAGGAAGAGAGAGACCGAGGAGGAGGAGAAGACGAAGAGUUCUGCUGCAGCAGGUCAAGCGGCUCAGGACAAGAAGCCGUUAAGCGUGAGCAGCUUUGUGGGCAAGCGGAGAGGAGGCGCGAGACUGGCCCUCAAGACCGGGAUGGUGGCCAAAAAACAGAAACUCGACUCUGAGGGGGAGGCUGGGAAAGGAGACGCCUGGACUAAAUACAUGGCAGAAGUGAAAAAGUAUAAAGCGCAUCAGUGUGGCGACGACGAUAAAACCAGACCACUGGUCAAAUAGACUGAACUGCUUCCUGUGGAGACGGGCGUCACUGCCAUUCACGCUGUCUGUUCUUCUCCUUCAGCUCUUUGUUUCCAGGUUGAGUUUUAUCCUGUGCGCCGUAUUUGCCCGUUUGUUGGAUUCUGGUUCUUUUUGAGACGCUAUGAUUUAGUCCGUGGCAUUAGACCCCAUCUCGUUCACCUUGUUGAUAUUUUGUACUCGACAUGUUUGGUACUUGAAUGUCACCUGAUGAAGAUUGACGAUGAUGAAUUAAACUCACAGUACCACACUA